UUAUGAAGGUGUGUGUUUAUUUGUGAGAAUAGCAGGUAAUUCAGUGUGACCAAGGCCCACAUUACAGUCUGCCGCUCCCGUGUGUCGUCAGGCAGGGUGGCUGAGUCCACAUCAGUGAUAGACAUAACAUUACCACGGUCCUCUGAGAGCGACACAGCUGAAUGAACUCAGAUUUGUGUGGUGGUGGUGAAACGUUCACCUGUACACCGUCGUAUGGGGUGACUAACUGUAGUUGAGUCAAGGAUUGUCUGCACAUGCUCAGAAAGAAGGACGUCCGCUUUCAUUACAAAAGUUGUGGAGGCAGUACAACAACUGCUGAACAUGUUGAAUGGGAAAUAGUACAUUAGUCGUGGCUGUAGGGAUACCACUGGGAUACCAAGAGUUGGUGUGCACAUUAUCACAGAGAGAAGUCGUGUUGCUAUAUUUAGAGUACGGGAGGGUAAUCGGAGUAGAGCUUGGAUAUACUGUGCCGUCUGCUCUCAGGGCUACAGGUUGAUCUAACAGUUACAGCCAGGUUUGAAAGACGGCCAAAACCGAGGAUGAGUUCUUUACCUCUCGCUGCUCACAGUCACAGCAAGCUGGGUAGUAGGGAUGGAUGAUAGUGGAUACUACAGCAAGCGGUCGGAACAGUUUAAUUUCAACAGUGGUGGCAGAAGCGAAAACUUUCCUCCUGAUGACAUCUUCCAUCUUAAGUUUAGUGAUAUAGGCAAGUCUAAGUCUUACAGGUAUUUUCGACAUGGUUUUAAAGAUGAGGAGGAUUUUGAAGAGUUCAAACAAGAUUUGAGAGAUUUCAGGAAGUUAAAGGAAGAAGUGAAAGAGGUGUAUGAAUAUUCUGAUUCUCGGAGUGGCAUCAAAACAAAAACGACUCACCGACGUAGUCGCUGUUUCACUGGGAGCAGAGACUCUCUUCACGAUCCCCUAAUGGAGUUCUUUAAAGGGGAUGAGCAUUUUCAGGAGUUUGAACGUGUGUUUGACACCAUCAGUAGUAGAAAAAGAUUUUCAACUGAUUUCGACCCAUUCAGAUGGACAGGGAAAGGUUCAACUGCAAGUAGUGGGGAGGGUGCAUGUGGGGGGAGGGACUCGAGUCAGGACCGGGGAAGGGGAGACAGGGGGAGUGAAAGGAAAGAAGGGGAUGCUUAUGAGAAUGUUUUCUCAGAUCUCAGUAUGGAUGACAGUUUCUUGGAUUUUUUUAACAAUGAUGAGGAUUUUAUGGAAUUUGAGCAUGAACUGGAAAAGUUCAAAAGUAAUCGAAGAUCUCGGGUAUUGGAUGGGCUCAAUCGACGCAGCAGUUGUGAUAUAUUCGGAGAUGUGAAAGCUUUCUGUGAUAGAAGUCUGAGACGUGAUUCUUCCAACAACUCCACAAAAGGUAGUGACCACCAUGACAGGGACAGUAGUAUGUGGAACUCAGCCGAGGAGUGGGACUUUGUCCUCAACAAACUAAAGCGGAAUAGCCGAUUAUUCUCGGAUAAAGGACCACCCCUUGAUUCUGAUAUAUUUAGUGAGGAACCUAUUUAUGUACACAAAAUCCAGGUAGAAGAUAGACCCAGUUGUGAUAAAGACUGCCAGUACACCUGCCAUCACAACUGUGUAGGGUCUGUGACAUUAGACUGUACCUCCGUGUCCCAGGGAUCUCCGAACGGGGAGGACGCACCCAAAACUGGCAGUGCAGCAGAGACCUCACUAUCACAACCAAAACUACGCAACUCACCAAAGUCCAGCAUAUCUAAAAACAAUGUGUUACAAAGCUCACAAAAUGAGGAUAUUUCACAAAGACUUGCACAACUGUCAACGUCGUCGGUACCGGGCGUGGCCCAGCGGGUGGAACAACCCGUGGACAAUUCCGUGGAUGUGCCAGCAGACAAUACCAAUGAGAAGGACGAGACAGACAGUGGAUACCGGUCAGGGACGAUUCCCGAUGAGAAACUUCCCAAAAUGCCAAGCCAGGCAACGCUCAAUCGGGAUGAAUUGAGAAGAAAGAUUGCAGAAUAUAAUCACUUGGUGCCUGGAUCAGAGUUUGAAUUAACGGGGGAGACGGGAGAAGCAUUCCAAGGCUUCAUCAAGGUGACGCUGAACCUCAUCAGGCCAAUCACCAUGUCGCUGAGCAUGAGGCCGCCGUCCAUCUAUGACCUGCUCACCAAGGAGCACAUCAUCGAGCAGAACACACAGUCGGUCUCCUUCUACAUGCCCCGAGACACCAUCAAGUCCAUACAUGUGUCCAGUGAGACGACUACGAAGGAAGUUGUAGCAGCUCUGCUGAAGAAGUUCCACAUUCUGGAUCACCCUCGCAAGUUUGCCAUGUAUGAACAGGAGUUCUCCAAAAACAAGCUUGUGAGGCUGAAGAGAGUUGGUGACAAGGACUACCCUCUGCAGGUCUUCCUCAACUGGGACCCACGUAGAUUUACAAACUACCGCCUGGUACUACAAGAAAAUGAGACAGGAGAGAUAGUGUGGGAAGGCUUCAGUAGGCCGGAGCUGAAUAACUUCCUGAAGGUGUUGGACCGUGAGGAGGAAGAGUGGCGUGAGCCAGCUCCACUACAAGUACAAGGUGAUGAAGAGGAUCAUCAACCAGAGACUCAAGGAACUCAGGAAAGAGCGCAAGACCUCCGGCACCAGCCCAUCCUGACACUGGGACACCCCUGUCGUAGUCGCUGCCGCUCCACAGUCACGCCUACAAAGACGACUCUCUUGACGGGGACUCCCAGCAAAGAGGAGACAACCCUUCCUUUUUGAAAAUCUGAAGGGAUUUUGAGCUUUGUUGCGACUAAUUAUCAGCCAUUCCUGUUUUAACACUUACAUCAGCUCUACUUUUAGGCCAGAAGAAUUUUUAUCUUGGUUUUAAACAAUUCUGCUCUGAAUCUUUUAGAAGUAAAGACGUGUGCAAUAAAACACUACAUUAUAAUGUUUUUUCAAUUUUGGUUUAGAAUAUUUCAUUAAGAAUAUGACCUCAGAUCAACCCCAGAAACACUGUUUUAUAUUUCUUGUAAUUACAGAGAAAUGUGUACAAAAAGAAAUUAAAUUGGUCUGGUCUUUUAAUAGAUUGAUGUUAAUCCUGAACAUUGAAAGCCAAUAUGCGCUUCUGUUUAAUAUGGAAACAUUGAUACCAUUCAUGUACAUUACAGAUCUUGGUACAGAUUUCUCUACCACUUCUGUCAGUUGUCUAAGGUUGUACUUGCAGACAUGACCUGCUUCUUGUAUAAUGUCUGCAAAUGCCAGUGCCUUGGUUUUCUUGAGAGAGCCUUAACACUGUAGAUACUGUGACAAACCAUGUGAUAUUACUGGAGAUGGAGGGGAAGGGGACGAUGACAAUACAUGCAAUGUCUCUAACACUCAAAUAUGUCAUUCAAUUUCAAAUAUUGUUGCAUCAUGAGGGCUUAUGUUUCGUCAUUGUUCAGCACUAUGAUGAAUAGUUGUCAUUUAAGGCGCUGUUUAGUUUCAAUGCAUUGCUGUAUUUCACUAUUUUCACAUUAUUCUUUUCAAACCUGCAGAUAUAGAAUGUAUUUAUGUUAUGCAAAGAUCUCUCCCAUAAUUUUCCUUGUGCAUAAUCUGUAAUGGGACUUUUGUUUGGGGGCGUGUCUGUUUCUCAAGUGUGUUGCACAACACAUUACAUUAUGAGGUUGUU